AUGGCGCUGGGCUUGGAGCACAGCGUGCUGCUGCUGAGCGAUGGCGAUGCAGUGGCCUUCGGCCGGAACAGCUACGGUCAGUGUGAAAUCCCCGAGCUCCCAGACGAAAGUGAUGACGAGCCAGCCAGUCGCUACAUCGGAGCAUCGGCCGGCAUCAGCCACACUGCCCUGCUGCGCAGCGAUGGGCAGGCUGUCGUUUUCGGAAGCACCUCGUACGGCGAGUGCCAGGUGCCGGAACUACCAACAGGUACCAGCUACGUCCAGGUCAUCGCCGGCUACACCUUCACACUGCUGUUGAGGAGCGACGGCGCCGCUGUCGCCUUUGGAGACAACUCUGCUGGGCAGUGUGACCUCCCUGAGCCACUGGAGGACCGAGGCUACGUGGGGGCAGCAGCCGGGCGAACGCACGCCGUGCUGAUCCGCGAGGAUGGCUCCGCCGUGGCCUGGGGUUUGAACAAGUCAGGCUCCUGCACAGUACCUAGUCUCCCUGAGGGAGUCCGCUACAUCGAGGCUGCUGCAGGCGGCGACCACACGGUCCUGAUUCGGGACGAUGGGCAGGCAGUGGCAUUCGGACACAACGGCGCGGGUCAGUGCGACCUUCCCCCUCUUCCGGAGGGGCUGCGCUACGUUUCCUGCGCUGCCGGGUGGACGCACACGGUGCUCCUCCGAGACGAUGGUGCGGCUCUGUGUGUGGGCGGCAACGGCCGUGGUCAGUGCAACAUUCCUCAAGGCCUGGCCUCAAACUGCGUCGCCAUCGCCGCCGGUGGCGCCCACACGCUGCUACUUUGCAGCGAUGGCCGAGCUGUGCUUUUCGGCGACGACAAGUGUGGGCAGUGCGCCCCUCCGGACAUCUCGGAUAAUCUUGGCUGCGUCGCCUCGGCCAGCGCGAGGGCCGUUCUGGUGGCCACGCUUGGGGUCGAGGAGGACACCCUGGUGGCCCGCUGCGCUUCCGGCGCGGCUAUCCACGCGCCCGGACUGAGCCAGGAGUCAAGCCUGGCAGAGGUGCGCCGCUGUUUGGCGUCGCGCCUUCGGGUCCCUCCGCUGCUUCUGAAGCUAGUGAAAUCGGACGGGUCCUUGCUCGAUCUGGUGCUGGACGGCAAGGAGGUGUCCGAGUUGCUCGCAGAGCCUGCGACUUUGGAGCCUCUGACGCCAAGCUGA